AUGGUCAGUAUCAAAGAUAUUCGGAAGUCCAACGAGACUUUCAAGGCCUCGAGCCAAGCUUCUGGUCUCGUUGCCGUCUUCGUAGCAGCAACAUCAGGCAACUGUGCAUGGAUUCUCUCGAGCACGAAGCCCCUUCUCGCUGAGACUAGGGCAUCGAGCCCCGGAGGAACUUUCAAGUUCAUCGAAACGGAAAUCUCUCUGAUCAAGAACGUCGACAAAGCUUGCGACGAGAUCGAAUCCAAGGAGACGAAGGUUGACCUUGUAUUCGUGUUGCCUGGCUACUUCAAUGCAGAAAGCGUAGAAGGAAUCGACAUCCCCCACGCCCUUCGCUACGACUCCAGAAUUCGAUUCAUCUCUAACCUUCUUGCCCUUCUCAAACAAAGUCCUCUUCCUCGUGUGAUGUCGGUCCCAGCCGGUGGUAGAGAAAGCGCCAUCGACACCACCGAUCUUGAAGUGAAGAACGACUUCACAUUUGUCCAGGCGGCCGAAACCGGGACCACGCAAACCACUCUCGCCUUCGAGGAACUCGCCAGAUCGAACCCGACGAUCACGUUCAUCCACAAGUACCCGGGCUUGGUCAACUCAGGCGUCAUCGGUCGACUCUGA